UCAGCCUUAUAUCGCGCUAUGCAAGUGACACCAAAAUUAGAUAGGUUAUGAAUAUAACUGAAAUAUUGGUUAAUAAUUGUAUAUAUAGUAUUAUUUAAUAAUAUAUUAACGUAAUUUUAAACAUUAUGUCGGAUUUGGAAUUAGGCCUACACACAGGUCGAAGUUAUGAGGAAGUAUUAGAACAGCGACAAGAUGAUGAGGGAUAUAAAACUGCAACCACAACUGAGCAGGCUCGUGUCGAAGAGACAGUAUUAAAAUUUUACCGAUCGUGCAAAGACACAGAUCCCAUUUUACUUAGGCCGAAGCACAUCCAGUUUUUAAAAAAAGCAAUCACUCAUUUAAACGAAACUUAUGAGUGCUUAGACUCGAGCAGACCAUGGCUCUGCUUCUGGAUACUGCAUUCGCUUGCAAUAUUAGGAGAACGCUUGGAAGAUGAGGAAUAUUCCAAGAUUGCGGGUUUUCUAGCCAAAUGUCAAUCGCCGACAGGUGGUUUCGGAGGAGGUCCUGGACAAUAUCCACAUUUAGCUUCUACAUAUGCAGCAGUGAACACAUUGUGCACUAUUGGUACACAGGAGGCAUAUGAUGUGAUAGAUAGGAAAAAUCUGAAACGCUUUUUAUCUUCUUUACGCGGAGAGGACGGUUCUUUCUGUAUGCAUGAAAACGGCGAGGUAGACAUACGGGGAGCGUACUGCGCCCUCGCUGCUGCUAAAUUGACAAAUGUAUAUACACCGGACAUGUUUAAGGACACCGCCGAAUGGAUAGCCAAAUGUCAGACGUGGGAAGGCGGUUUUGGCGGUUGUCCAGGAAUGGAGGCUCACGGUGGAUACGCCUAUUGCGCUCUAGCGGCACUCGUAAUGCUCGGAAAAACAGAACUGUGCCAUUUACCAGAACUGUUGAGAUGGAUAGUAAAUAAGCAAAUGCGUCUGGAGGGUGGUUUCCAAGGACGUACGAACAAAUUAGUGGACGGUUGCUAUUCGUUUUGGCAAGGUGGAACGUUCCCCUUAAUCUCUGCUAUCUUGUCAACGGGAAAGCCGUGCAGUACUUUCGACCACUGGUUAUUCAACCAAGAGGCCUUACAAGAAUAUAUAUUAACUUGCUGUCAAAAUCCACAUGGUGGUCUUUUAGACAAACCGGGAAAAAAUCGCGACAUAUAUCACACAUGUUAUGUUCUUAGUGGACUAUCAAUCGCUCAAAAUUCACCAAUAAAAUCGAUUAUUGGAAUGAGACCUGCAAAUAAGGUGGAGAUAAUCCAUCCUGUUUAUAAUGUGGAAUACUCUGCUGCAAAAAAAGCGCAAGAGUAUUUUUCUACUCUACCAAUACCCGAUUGAUUGAGUGUCUUAGCCAUUUAUAAAAAUAUAUUCACCAUGUUUGUAUGUUUUUCCUAAAAAGAAGAAAAAGAAAAAAAAUAAAAUCUCAAAAAUAAAACAAGUAAUUUAAAAAAAAAAGAUAGAAUACAUGACUGACCAAUGAUAUCUAUAUAAAAAGUUAUUUGUAUAUGAAAUUCCAUAAUUUUGUGAUAAGUAAACAAAAGCCAUGUUAUUCCGAUGCGUAUUGUUCAACACUGAAAAUUGAAAAAGAUUGCAAUCCCUAUAUUAACUUUAUGUUAAUAAAGUCUAUGAAAAAAUUAAAAUACAAUUGUCUAUUUACAUUCCUUUAUAUAAAGUGCUUCUCUGAUCUGAAAUUUUUGUUUUCUUUUAAUAGCAUGUGAUCAUCUUGUUGCAAAUGAUAAAACACAUUCAUAGAGGUAAAAGAUCUCUAUUGCAACAUACAAUCU